GAUAUGAUCCAUUGUUAAUAAAUCAAUAAAUAUUAUUUGUUGUUUUAUUUAAAUCAUUUCCCAUUAUCGCGAUCUUUUAAUGAUGUUUAUCUUUCUAAUAUACUAUACUAAAUCGUAGUUUGUAACCGUGUUUGGUCAACAUUUUCAAUCUUCGUUUCUUAUUAAACAUUUGUCUUUUUUCCUAAUGAACGUUCCGGAAGUGAAAUGUACAUUGCUUUGCGGCGCUUCAGAUUACUCUCAGUCGUUACUGUUUGAAAGCGCAGUGUACUGGGCCGAAGUCGGGUAUCGAGUAGUUUACCUUCAAAUGUUUCAGAUGAAAUCCCUACCAAUCCCUGUAGAUGGCGCCAAACCACCUAGUGUGCAUGCAUUAAAUCGUAUUACAUUUCUAACGCUAUCCCGGUGGCAAGAUCUCGUUAAAUACACUUGCUCAGUCCACGAAACCAGUCCAAAUGUACCACGCGUAAUUUUAGUUGCAGAUUUGCAUAACUACUAUAAUAAUGAAGAUAGAGAUCAAAAGAUAAGACUUGCACACAUGUUAUGUGCUUGUUUGUGUGACGCCAUCUCAUACUGCAGUCAAGUAUAUAAAUCUACAUCAUAUUUAACGGUAUCGACAGAAGACUCUAUGCUUGAAACACAUAAAUUAUCUACAAUGUAUUUUCCAUCGACCACGUGGAUUAGUAGUUUUGACGAUAACCAAGUUGUAUUUUGUAAGAAACAAAUAUAUUCAUACCAACAGCGUACACAGAAAAUAAAGUUUAUAAAAUUAAACAAUAAACUAAGAUGCAAUUCUGUUGAAAUAUUAUACAUGUGA